GAGGAAGACGCCGAUGCAGAUGUUGAGGAUGCCGUGUUCGUAGAUUCAGUGGACCCGGGGCUUUCACCAGCUUCGCCGGGAUCCUCCUCGCCAGAUGGUCGUGGAGACACGAUUCGCGUUUUUGUUCGUGUCCGUCCAUUGAAUGGUCGUGAGGACUUUGCUCAUAUGCGGGACAGCAUCUAUGUGGAUGCGGAAUCUGGCACAGCUCAGCCCUUAGAGCAAGAGAAGCAUCUUCGGCUCAAGAACAGGAGUAUGCUAAAUGCACUCCGUCUAGCGCGCUCCUUGCUGUUGGCUUCGUUGAUCUUGGCACCAUGCGUGUCGCAGGUUUCCAUAAGGACAGACGAAUCGAGUGGCUUCUCGUCAGGAAUAUCUUUUCCUGAAUGGCUUUAUCAACUGGAGAUUGAGGUCCCAGACCCUGGAGCCAAUCCCUUCAGCAAUCCUUUGCAAUUAGCUGGUGGCAAUUGCAGCCAGACGAGGAUCAGCGAUGUGAAGGCAACUGAUUUGACAAGCGCUAUUUCCACAGCUUUGCGGCUACAGGUCAAAGCCAGCCUGCACUGCAUCAUUUUAGCUAGCGGCGGCAGUCUUGCGACCAGCUUCUAUCUGGAGAAUGCCACUGCCGACCUAACGUUCGCGGUGCAGCCUGUCCAACCACCUGGUUCAGCUCUGACCGUGCCUCUGGGCCGGGUGAGGGUAACCCAAUGUAAGGCUGGAGUGGACAUGAGUCGGCUACGAUUCAGUGGCUCAUUCAUGUUCGAGACUGCGUUGACUCAGCUUGAGCCUGCCUUGCAGCAGUUUGUGAACCAGGAGCUACCGAGCGUGGCAUGUGCGCAGAUACCACCACUACUGGAAGCGCAGGCCACAGCAGCUUUGGCUUCUGUACUGACGCAGAUGGAACCACUGCUAGCAGGUCAUGAGAAGUUACCGUCGCCACCAACUCCUGUUGGCAAUGUUGUUGACUGGGCCACUUAUCCACCUGCUCGCCUCCUGCGCUCGCUGAUCAAGAGCAAACCAGGUGUCGUGGCGGAUCUCGUCAGGCGAGUGCCAGCGCAGAAGGUGCCUCUGGACCAGCUGCACAUCAAUCGGAGCCUUACAGUCGAUGCUUUGGGAACAACGUUUCGCAGCUACCUGCAGGAGCUGACAGUGGCCGGCAUGGACAGCUUCGUCGAGGGCAGCUUGGACGUGCGUGGAGCUGGUCCGACUUUGACAUCGACAGCUGCAUUCAGCGACCUACGGUUCAGUGCAAAAAUCCAGGCACAGUUGGAAUCGGUAUCUCGGGACUCAUCGAAACAAGCCGAACCCCUCUUGGAGCAUUUCGAGAUUUCAAUUGGCUUGGGAAAUGUCAGCGCAGAGUCGGACAUCCUCGCAAUGGUCUCGCAAGAGGCCUUGGGAGCCUUAGAGGUGGAUCAAUUCCAGAAGUUGGAAUGCCUGGUGGCGUGUGCACGUGGUGCAGCCGUUGGGCCCGAGGCCCCUGUGGCCUUGCGCAGGCUAAGAAUCGACAAUAUGGCAAUACCAGUGGCUCGCAUGGUCGGUUCUCAUUCAAUUGGAGAUGACCUCGCGGUGGCGAUGACUCAAAUGCUAAGGGCAACUCUCCAUGGAUAUGCAGCAGCGAUUCCGCACAUCCUCCAGUCCGCGACGAUCAUCCUGCAUGACUCUUUGAACGACAUGGUGCAGCAAACGCUGGAGAAUGUCCCGCCGUGCCAGAACACGGAGGUAUACUUCGGACCCGAAGGCGUGGUCAAUAUAUCUCUCCUGCUCGCUUCUUUGGUAUUGGCCGUGAUUGGUGUGGUGGCUUGGGUACAUGCCGAAAGGAGCGACCAAGGUCAGUUAUUCAACAAAUCGUCGUUGGCAGCCUGCCAAGCCAUCCCCCGCGGUCUCUCCACGGGAUAUCCGUUUUUUCUGGUAGCCACCAUGUUCCUUUUCCUCUAUUCAGACUUGGGACUCGGAACUGUCAUAAACGUGAUCUUCCAAGCCGGGUCGGAGCGCAUGAAGAUCGGCCCCGCUUUUUCCUUUUCGGUCUUGACACUUUCCCGGGACAGCCUACGAGGAGGUGCUUGGCUGCUGGCUCUCUUGAUCGUUGGACUUAGCGGUGUGUGGCCUUUCGUGAAGCUUGCGUUGCUGUUGCACGUGUGGCUGGCUCCGACUUCGAGGUCACGACGCACCAGAGUGCUGUUGUUCUUGGAUGAGUACGGGAAGUACAGCCUCGUCGACUCAUGGCUCGCCAUCCUUGCGUUGUGUGCGUUUGACAUCAAAUGGUUCGGAGAGGAAGUUUCCGUGCAAGUGACCCCUGUGCCGAUGCUUCCCUUCUUCACCUUCGUCAUAGCAACGGUGUUGUCGCUGGUUCUCGGUCACAUCGCGACAGAGUCAAACAGGCGAAGCCUGCAGGAAGCAGCUCUGCCGUUGCGGAGUAGUUCCCGAAAUAUCAGUGGAACUGCCAGCGAGUCGGAGCCCGUCAGCUACGGCCUUUGCCGUGAGCUCCCUCGAGGCCGCGCAGUCCUUUUGCUGGCGCUGACCUUUCUUACUGGCAUUUCCCUUGUUGUUUCAGCUUUUCUGCAAUCCUUGGAGUACAAGGUCUCUGGCGCGAUUUCCGACCUGCUUCUCAAGGGUGAGGAGAGAGAUCUGAAGUACAGUCUCGUCGGCUUGGGCAUGUUCUUAACCACGGGAUUCCAAGAAUCUGGUGGUUUGCAUGCAGUUCAAGCCAUUUUCUUCACCUUCACACUGGCUAUUCCAUUGCUGCUGCUUUGUGCCAUUCUGGCGCUUCUCCUGGUGCCCAUGACGAAAGCCGAGCAUGGCCUGCUCUGGAAAGUCUGCCAUGUCCUGGAUGCGUGGGCAGCUUUUGACGUCUUCGUCCUGGCUGUUACGGUGGCGAACUUCGAGUUCUGGAUCUUCUCCAACUUCCUGAUCUAUCACGACAACAUUGCUGCAGCAUGCGGUUGGGUACACGACAACCUGGAGCUGGAAUGCUUGGCAAUGGAAUGUCACGUGCUUCCGGGGUUCGCAGUCCUGGCUGCAGCAGGAAUUGGGUCCUAUGCCGUCCCGAAGAUGGUGCUGUUCUCUUGUGAGGAUCUCUUGGACCAGGUCGAGGCCGACGACAGUGAGGAAGGCAGCGAGUUGCUUUCAGAGGUUAAAGAGGUGCAGUUGUUUGCUGAGCCACCUCGCAGCUUUGCAUUUGACGGUGUUCUGCGAGAGUCCGCGACACAGACGGAGGUUUUUCAACUCUUUGGCACUGGUGUGGCGGAAUUUUGUCUCAGCGGGUACAACGGCAGCAUCUAUGUCUACGGCCAAACGGGAAGUGGCAAGACCCACACGAUGCAAGGAGAAGUCGAGUCCGUGCAAUCUAUGCACAAUGGUGAGCAAAGGGGCUUGAUGUGUCGCAUCUUGGACUACAUCUUCUCAGAGAUAGGUCGCCGCAAUCAGACCGGAGGGACGAUUCAGCAUAGCUGCAAAUGCUCGUACCUCGAGAUCUACAAGGAGCAGAUCACUGACCUGUUGGAGCCAAGCUCCACCAAUCUGCAGAUCAGAGAGGACAUCAACCAUGGCGUGUAUGUGGAGAGGCUGAGUGAACACUCGGUGUGGUCUGCAUCGGAUGCAUUCCACGUCGUCUGGAAGGGACUUCAUCAGCGACAUGUGGCUUCCACGCAGAUGAACGAACUCAGUUCCAGGUCACAUUCGGUAUUCACGCUGAAAGUGGAAGCUUCCAGUACCACAGCCGGCGGUGUCACCUCCACAAAGAUUGCAAGGCUAAACCUCAUCGAUCUGGCGGGAUCUGAGCGUCAAACUUUUGAUCCGCACAACCCUUCAGCGCACGAGAGCAUCAGGGUGAAGGAGGCUGGCGCAAUCAACCGGAGCCUGAGUGCUCUCACGAACGUCAUCAUGUCUCUUUCGCACGGUCGACGGAAAGUUUCCGCUGCAGGGCAGCGGCAGCCAUUCGUCCGGUACCGUGACAGCAAGCUCACUUUCCUUCUACGAGAUUCUUUGGGUGGCAACUCGAAGACGGUUAUUGUUGCUUGCAUUUCUCCUGCGGCCAUGUGCUUUGGGGAGACUUUGUCCACCCUAAAGUUUGCCUCCAGAGCAAAGCACAUCCGCUGUGCAGCCGUAAUGAACGAGGAGUACUCUGGCACUGUGGAGUCUUUGGUUCUCGAGGUGAAGAGCCUUCGCCAGCAGCUUGACCUGCUUUCCAGCCGUGGGCUGGCCAUGGAGGCCAGCGACCUGAAGACAAGAUCGUCUUCUUCCUCAAGGCCAAGGGAUGCUCGGAAGCUCGGUAGGGAGGAGGCCUCGGUCGAGGCUGCUUUGGAGGAAGCGCUGCAAGCAGGUGGUUCGGAAGAUCUGCGAUGUUUGUACGGUCCGCGACGCAUUAGAAGGCUCGAAAUUCUGCUGGCUGCAGCCUUGGAUCGGGAGCGUCGCUGUGAGUUGCGACGGCACAAGGUGGACAAGGUCUCGCAGUUUAGUUACCAAGACGACCUGCAGACACUUCAGAAGGUAGCUCAACGUCCGAAUGCUCGGAGAGUCCAAAAGCAGCAUGCUGACUUGAUGUCUUCUGUGGCUCAUGACCCCGAGCCCUACCAAGAGGAAGCGGCAGAGAUUGUAUGUGGCCAGUCGAGCGCAUCGCGGUCUAGGCCCCGGCAAACAUGGAAAGCAGGUUAUCGAAGUAACUGUCCAAGACCACGAAAUUUGCUUCCGCCGUCCCAGAGGGCUCGACCCACUCACUUCGUGGCAAUACAUCUAAAGUCACGUGAGAUACAGCGAUGUGUGGAGCAACUGCAGCAGUGGUUCGUUGCGCAAGAUAAGCUCUUCGAGCGCUGCCUGGUUCCGAUCAGACGCCUGCACACUGCCCUUUUGCUUACUUCGUUCGAGGAGCCUCGUAUCAGCGAAGCAAGGCAAGUUUGUGCCGAGGCGGCCCGAAGCAUCCGAGAGUUCCUAGGCGGAGAAGCAGUGCAGCUGAAGGCUGAGGGCAUCGGUUCCUUUGGUGGCCGCGUGGUCUUUGCUCGAGUUCGAACAGAACCACCUGAGCUCCUGCAGGAAAUGCGUCACCUGCUCUGUAGGAUCUUCAUGCAGCAUAACUUUCCCAUCUUGGACGACACUGGCCAGGCAUGGCUUGCGCCUGGGGAGGAACCGCGGCACUUCAGUGGACACGCAAGCUUUCUCAAGGUGACAAAGGCAAUGGCUCACUCUCGGACGACAGCGGAGAGGAACAACUUCCGGGCGCUGCACGUUUCUGACGAGGACAUUGCCAAGUGGAGCAGUGCCUCUCUCGGCACCCAGUGGUGUGGCGACUUCGAACUGCUCUCGAUCCUGGGAACUGCUCAUGACGGUUACUACCCGCGGAUUAAAGUGGAGAGAUUGCCUGGGGCAGAAAGUUCAAUGCAGUCUGCCAGUUCCAUGUGCCAGGCCAGUGACCAAUCGUUGAAGACAGCUGAAGAUGCGGUUGAGGAGGCUUGGAGAACCGGAGCACCAUCGCCACCACGACCUGGCAGCCCUGUCACCCAGAAUCAGAAGCUUCGCACGAAAGAAUUCGAGGAGAAAGUCGCAGAGUCAUCUGCAUCUUCCACGCAAGACUCGAAGAGGAGGUUGGGUCGUCUGGGCCCUGAUGUGUGGCAAGUUGUUGCGCAGACUCUUACCAUCCAUGACUUGCUUUUCCUGGCAGCUGUAUCGAAAGAAACUCUCACCAUUGUCCAGGGCAUAGUCUGUAAGGCAAAGGUGAUGCUCUUCUCGGAGACUGCGCAUGCAUCAUCUUGCUUGGACGGCAGCUGCCUGGACUGGGACAGGAACCGCAUGGAAGGAAGUGAAUGUCCCUCUCUGCAAAUCCGGUGGCUGGAGGACUUCUUGUCGCAGCCGGCUGGGGAGCAGCUGUAUGCAGACAUUGGCUUUGUAGAGGACUCUCAGCAGCUGAUCUUCGGGAGAAGCUUGGGAGGCCUACGCGCUGCAUUACGAGAGGCAUUGCCUGUCGCCUUCGGAGAUCUGCACAUGGAGGUUGAAGCCGUGCGUAACAUAAGCAGACCGACGAAGACUGUCCUGGACACCCUUCGAGCAGCCCAACCAGAGAUCGUUGGCAUCGAGGGGCUCGCUGUGCAUGAUCUACCUUCAUGGGCCCACUGCGUGCAGCAGCUCACGCGAGUGCGAGUGCUGGUGCAUGCUUGGACGAAUCGUGAUGUGGACAAUGCAUCCUGCUUCAGCACUCUUCUUCAAGCCUUACCACCGCUUGUCAGAGGACUGGACUUCCAAAACCUUGCCUGCACCUUUCUUGACUUCCCGGUGACAUGUUGGCCAAAGGCUUGCAUCGCAUUCGGCACAAUAGUGCUGCAGAAGGAUGUCAGGGGCUGCAGUGCGCGUGGAAGCAUGGAUUUCGGCGACUUCAUCAGCACCUUCCCACGAUUCCCUCAGCAUGUUUCAAUCGUCAGAGCCUCACUUGGCACUGAAGGGCACUGGGCCUUUUCGGCGAAGGAAAUUGCAGACGUCUUCCGAGCUAAAUUCCCCGGUCUCGUGGUGCUGCAGCUGGAACUCUCGCUUCGGCAUUCCGCUGCUACAAGUGAUGUGCCCUUCAUCGACCUGGCACGAGCUCUCAUACAAGCUGAUGUUCGUGUUGAGGUCACAAGCAUUCGGUGCCGACCUCAUCAGUAUGAGUUCCUCCGAGCAGCUCUGACCCAUGCUGGGGCAGCAGUGCAACAGGUGGAAGAUGAGUGCGACCAGAUGACGUAUCCCUUUUCGCACCCGAGGUUUGAUUGGAACAAGGUUGGCAGCUCUCCAGCGUACUUGAACAUGGUGCUGGAGCGGAAGGAGCACUACUUUGAUGCACUUCGCGAUUAUUUCAGCUUCCUCGUCGACCACGCGGCCGGGGAGGCUUGCUACCUGCCGGAGUUGAUUGCUCGGCUCGUAGUGUUCCGACAACAGCUUUGCAGUGCGUCCACCGACAGCAAUCAACAAGCUGCCGACAUGCUGGAUGGCACGAUCGAGGCGUUUCUGGCAGCAGAAGAUGGCCGUCUGGAAGACGAGAGCUAUGACGGUCUAGUCUGUGACUCGUCCCAGCGCUGGUUGGGGCCAGAUGUGUCAGACCGAAGCCGCAGCUACAGCUACGGCCUACUCAUCGGAGAGGCGGCUCUCCGUAAUGGCCGACGAAGCACUGCCCGCAUGAGGCAGCUGGGCUCAACAACACAACUGGCGCAAGGUUCUUUUGACGAAAGCCCGCCCGAGGCCAACGAAGUGGGUUUCGGGCUGACGGGCUUUGGAGGCCCUGCAGAACAAGAGUUAGCUGAACUGCGAGCUGAAAACAAGCUCUUGCGGCGACAGCUGGAAAACCAUCCAGAUCUUUUCCGCCUUUGCUCAGAGAACAGACUUCUGCGGGAGCAUCUGGCGACUCUCGUCCAACACAAGGCAUCGUCUCACCAGGACGUGGACUUUUACCAAGAGCGUUCGAAAGGUCGACUUGCCAUGGACGGCACGCAGGAUGAUCUCGGUGAGAAGGAUAUGUCGUUGGCCCGCACGACGUCGCGACUACUCAGUUCAGGGGAGGACGGCGAAGCAGAGACUACGCGCAAGGGUGGAGAAGGCCAGCGCUUGGCCUUGAAGCAGUUUCCAGGCAUUGAGGAAGUGACGCACCUCAGCUCUGACUCUGGUGAGGAUUCGGAUGAUUCCAGGAUACAUGAGUCUCGCGAUGCCGGUCCACGAUGUUCCGAGCACGCCGCACAAGGUGCAGAUGUCACCUCCUUCAUCCCAGCCAUGUCACGGCAGGUCCAGGAGCUCUUCCGUGUGAAAAACAGCAUGGAGGACACGCUGCGACGCCAUUUUCGUACUGGUCUGCAAAGCAAGGCCAAAAGUUUCCAAGGACACAACCGCUUCGUUCAAGUGGAUGGGAUGGGCAGUCCUGACACGGAGGUGGAGGUCGACCCUCAUGACCUUGAGGAGGCUCUUCAGGGAGCCACCGAAGCCUUGCAGCAUGCAGAGGCCAUGCUUGCCAAAGGUGGCUGCGGUGAGCUCUUUGUCGGCUCGGAAGAGGUUGGCCUUGGAGAUGGUUUGAGACGGAGGCAUGACGGCAUGGACGAGAGGGAUGUGUUUUUGUCGCUUAUGCGAUCUCUGCCCGGCGAGAGUCAAGCUUCGGGCCGGCAGCCUUUCGGGUCUGCCAGAGCACCAAAUGGGCAGGCUCACUCUUGUGGACCAGGUCUUGCCGGUUCACGCUUGCAGCGGAUGAAAUCCACGAUGCAGUUGCACAGAAUCGUGGAAGCGCCAGAUUCGCAGGAGCCCGAACUAAGCCCUCGGAGCCAAGGCAGUGAUAAAAUGGUCCCGAACCCGGCCUCCCCGAGUGAGAAGCUGCAGCUGGCCAUUCAGCAGGUUCACAAUCUCAGCAAGCAGCUGGAGAGUGUUGGAGAGAUCUACAAGGACUUAAAGUCUCAGCUCGAACCGAUGCAGCAGGAGUACCAGCGCAGGUUUGAUGAGUGCCGUUUUCUGGAAUCGCAAUGCCGGCGGUUAGAUGUGCAUUGCCGCCUGUUGGAAGACCGGGUCGGUGCCGCAGAGGCCAGCGGCACCAUCCCUCGAAGUCAGCCGCUGUCAAGCACAUCCAUCCGGCAAACAGACAGUCCCAAGGCGACCCCGGUCCAGAUCUCCCCAGCACGUGCUGCACUUCACGGCACAGGGAGGUUUAUCCCUGUCGUUCAAGGAUGCUCGCAGGCCCCGGCAGUGCAAAUGACGCACACUCACAGCACAUUGCAAACCGCACGAGGACCUGCUGUACCACAGCAGUAUGUUUCACUGCUGGUCGUGCCAGCACCGUCAGCCUCGCGGGGAUCGAUGAGCGCAUCCGCCGGGCAUCUCGGCCAAGAGGCCACCCAAGUGAUGCCGGGCAUACCGUGUCCGAGAACUUCCGUUGCAAUGCGUCGAGUGUACUCCGCUCCGCAGCUCCUAGGCUUGAGAUCGUUUUCCUCAGCUCCUGCCCAGUUCUAG